AUGAAACGCUUGAUUUUGUCCUCUCACGGGCUCAACAAAACUCUAUCAUCAUCAUUGUGCCCAACAUUCGCCUUCUCCUCUGCUAUUUUGAAGGUUCGGAAUGGAAACUUGAGAGAUUUAUAUUGUGCUGAAAGAACAAGUUGCAAUAAUAACGUCGGGUUAAUCAAUAUCAAUAGCAACAACUUGCAGGGCCGAUCGUAUCACUGCAACACGAAAUGUAAAGCUGCAGCAACCAAGAAAAACGAACCAUCGGAAGAUGAGGAGGAAUUUGAAGCCAAGUUUUUACUUCAUUUUGGAGGAUUAACAAUUCCUUUUGCAGAAAAACCAAAGAAUAUUGAGGAAUUAAAAGAACUUGUGGCAACAGGUUUAUCAAUACAGCACAACAAGGAUUGUAUCAAGUUUUUCGAAAUUGAUGAAAAGAAUUUUGAAAAGCAACUUGCUGGAUGGACUAAAGUUAAAAAAGAAGUGACCGAUUUGGAUAAAUUUGAUGGCGUCUCUAUUCAAGCCGUCCUGAAAAUCAUGGUUCAUCCUUAUUCAUUCCUUCAACUCAAAGAUCCUUUUUACAUUUACUUGCAUGACAUCAAGACUUCAGAUGACAUUUCCAGAGCUCUUCACACCUACACAUGGAGGUACAAGUAUUGUUAUGUUGAUAAGAUAUCUGUACCAAGUGAGUCUUCUGCAUCGACAGAUGUGGGCACACCAGCAAACUCAACAACAGCAACUACUCCAUCACCAUCCACACAAAAAGAAAUUAAGAAGCAUACCAUUCUUAAACUUAUCGAUGGUGGAAAACCUAUUGGUGAGAUGGAAAAGGCAAUACUGAUUGAGGAUUUCGGAUCCUAUGAAACAAAGGUUGCCUCCAUGGUGAGUGCGGACAAAUAUCUGUGGAUUGGAGGGCACGAUGGUCGUUUAUACAUGUUUACGAUUAAUGAGCAAAUGGACACGACCGGAAUUAAAUAUUCAGUCGCUCUCUUUAAAAAGAAGCUUGUUACCACAAAGAAAGCAAUUACCAGUCUUCAAGUAGACCCUCCACACAAAAAACUCUUUGCACUUGUGGAUAACACUGUUUGUGUGUAUGACAUGACAACACUACUUCACUUAGAGACUUUGGAAGCUACGAAAGGAACCCAAAGCUAUGCCAUCAACAAAAACUACUCUCAUGAAUUGGUAGCAGUUGUUAAAAGGAAAUUGAUUGUCUAUGACUAUAGAGAGCAAAUGGAGCUAGUUAGAGAAAUUAAGGUACCUGGCAACGACAAUGUAAUAGGAAUUGAAUGGAUGAAGAAGACCAUAUGUUUAGGGUUCAAGAAUAGACAUAUCAUGAUGAAUUAUCAAACUGGAGAGAUAGAUGAAGAUUUGCAAAAGUUGCAAUUAACAAACAUUAUUUCCGAUGAGUAUAGCAUGUAUGGAUGCUUUGUCAAGAUUAUUGGAACUACUUCUGGAAUACAGUGGAAAGAAACCCCAACAGUAGUCAGCAUUUGUUUCCCCUUUCUACUUGGUAUCUCCAAAGGAAGCAUUGAAGUGUACAACAUGUACGAAAAGAAGUUUGAUGAGACCAUUGUAAAUGACAAGGCCACCAUCUCUUCCGAUCAUAUGCAGAAAGUGUUUAUUUCCAAUAAGAAAACGGUGUCACUUUUGACUCCAAAACCAAUUGAUCAGCAUAUUACAGAUCUCAUUGAUAAGAUGCGGUUGCUGGAAGCUUUUGGAUUAUUUGAAAAGACCUUCCAGGGCACUAAAAAAGAAAAGGAGAGAAAGCUGUUUAUGUAUGAGCAGCAAGCAGGAUUUGCAUGUUUUUUUAGAACAAGAUUUAAGGAAGCCUUUGCUCAUUUUAACAAGAGUAGAAUAGAUCCAAGAGAGAUUUUAUUUUAUUUCAAGGAUUUGAUAGAGCCUCAAACCAACUUUGUUCCUCAAAAAGCAAGAGGCGACUUGAGAGACAAGAUUAAAAAUGCUAUGGAGCAAGAGGGAGAGGAGACAACACCCUUAAAGAUUGAUGUUAGAAUUAAGAAUGCUAAAAAAGCAUUGCAAGAAUUUUUGGAAAAAUGCAGAAAAAUGAGAGUGGACGAGUUCGGUCUGGAUCAAUUGGCAGCCAUCGACUAUGCUCUGGCAAACUUGUAUUUGAAUGAAUUUAAAAAGUAUGGCCAAUUGAAGACAUUACUCCGCUCUGAAAAUCAUUUAAGACUCGAAAAUGGAGAGAUUCUUUUUAAACACAAUGCAAGAUAUCUCGCGUUCUUGUACUAUUCCAAGAACGAGUACCGAAAAGCUUUGCAAAUUUUAAAAGAGCUUGGAGAAGGAACACGCAUGGAAACCACAACAGUUACUAAUGGCGUUGAGGAGUCCAUUGAGCUUCUUUCAGAAAAUGAAGACGAGGACCUUGUUAUGGAAUAUGCAGCAUGGGUUUUUGAGGCUGAUGAAAGUUCAGCAAUACAGAUUUUCACUUCUAGAAUGCGAAAGAAAAAGAUUAAUCCACACCGUGUGUUGUCGUUUUUAGCACAGUAUCCCAAAGAUUUAGAAAGAAGUUAUCUUGAAUAUGUCAUUGUCAUUGAAAGGAAUUGUGAAGAAAAAUUCCAUACUGCUCUUAUUUUGAAUUAUAUUGAUGCAAUAAUUGUUUUAAAACCAGCCAAAUAUUUACCGUUUGGAGUGAGGUUGGAAGCAGGAAAAGAAACAGGAUUAUUAGGACAAAUUAGAGCUAGACUUAUUCAUUUGCUCAAGCACACAAAUUUCUUUAACAAGUAUAGAGUACUGAGCAAGCUACAAAAAACAAAUCUCUAUGAGGAGACUCUUAUACUGUACAGAAAGGUUCAAAACCAUAAUGCUGCUCUCAAAUUGCUUGUUCACAAAAUUCAAGAUCUUGAAUGGGCAGAACGGUACUGUGUCGAUUGUUACUUGCAAAUGCUCGAAGAGAUGCAUCUCAAAGAAGAAGCAGAAUUGAAAGAGGUCAUUCGUCAGAGGCAUUUACAAGCAGCUGGAAUAGCGGCCGACAAUAUCCAUAACGAUAAGGAUGACAAGAAAAAUAUGCUCAAAAAAGACAUUAGUUUACAAAUUUACAAUCCAUUACUGCUGACGUUGCUUAAUAUUUGUUGGUAUCCUGACAGUGGCUUUCCAAAGAAUGAAAGUUUUGCAAUUCAUAUCCUUACGACUCAUGCAAAAAGUAUUGACCCCAUGAAAGCUUUAGAAAUUUUACCUACAGAUCUACUAGUGAGCAAAGUGGCAGAUUUCCUUCGCCAAGCAAUGCAAUCGUCUCUUGAUGUAGCAAGAAAUGUACAAGUGAUCUAUAAUAUGAGCAAAAUCAGGCAUGUACAGACCAAGGUAGAAUUAGCAAAGGGAAAUGCAAGAAGGGUAUUAAUUGGAGAGGAACAAGGCAACAAGUGCGCAAGCUGUGGAAAAAGCAUUGACGCUUGCUCUGUGUUUGUGGUUUUGCCUGAUUUAUCCUAUGUACACUUUAAAUGCGUAAACAAGCACUCUAUCAACAUUCAUCCUGUGACAGGACGUAAUUUUAAGAACUUUCCAGUUAACUUUGAUGACAUUUCUGAGGCAGCCAUUUUAAACCCUCCUUACCAGUACUAA